UCCAGAACGCGACAGGGGAAGCGCUCAGUCUGCUCUUCUACAGUUUCGAUAAAUGCAGUAUUUUUAUUACUACGUAUCGCUAAUGAGGACUUGUCUUUGGAGAGUAUAUAUAGAGUGAUGGCGGCGAGGAGAGGAGAGGACAUUGUCUCUGAGUUCCUCACUCAGAAUCCACAUUUGGUGAGCUGGGUGGAAUCUUUAAGAGGACACUGUGAGACAAAUAAACAGUGGCAUGCCAGGAGAGAGUUUGUGCUGCGAAAUAUGGAGGCUUUUCCUACCAUCCAACCUGGGAGUCCAAGUUCUAGUCUGGACAGACUGCUGUCUCUAUCCAUGGUUUGGGCCAACCAUGUAUUUUUAGGCUGUCGAUAUCCGCAGCCUGUGAUGGCCAAGAUAAAUGAGAUGGCAGAAGGAAUCACCGUAAUUGAGGCUCCUGAGCGAAAGACUAGAGAUGAAAUCAUGGGAAAACUAAAAAGACCUACAGUUUCAGCAGCUGAUGCUGAUUACCAGGGCAAGAAGACUAAACCCAAUGAACCAGAUGAUAAAGCUCACUCAAAGAGUGUUGGUCGUCCAGCCACCAGUUCUCUUAAAUGCGGCCCUCCACCAGGAGCUCCUGCAGAGCACCAGCCCUUUUUCAAUCGACUCUACAAGGCCGUCGCGUGGAAGCUUGUGUCUGCUGGUGGCUUUGGCCCCAACCUGGAACACUUCGAGAUCCUGCGCAGCUGCGUGGAGUCCUGCAAAGCCAGUCUCAGCUGUGUGUUUGUUCCUCUCAAAGACAUUCCUGACCUGCCAGCAGGACGAACACAGAGGGAAGGCCAGGUGUGCGAACUGCGCUGCUGCACCGUCUACAUAGGGACGGGUUACGGGCGCGAUGAGUCCGCCGCCAGGGCAAUGGCCUCCAAGGAAGCGCUCAAAGUAUUUCAAGGGCAAAAAGUGACAGUGAAAAUUAGCCGCAGAAGGUUCAGAGGACGAGAUGUGGAUGAUUUGGUGCUGCUGGAUGAACAGACCAGAAGCCAAGCUUUCCCUCCAGCUCUCAGCUGCCCAUUUCAGGAAGACCAGUAGAGCAUGGUUUCGCCCCAGUCUUGUGGAGACGUUCAUCGCUGAACUUCCAAAGAGCUUCAAUUGUUCCAGUUGUGAUCAGUCAGAAUGGUGAUGUGGUGAAGGACUGGUUAAAUGGAUGAGUGGCAGUCAGUUUUGUAGCUUGUAAAAGGCUUUGUUCUGUUGCUUUGGAGUUUUGUUAAUUGCUUGUGGUUGUGAAGUUAUGAUGGUUUAGAUCAAAGCUUUUUGAACACCCAUAACUGUAGUUCUGUCUGACCUUAAAAGAUGUUGGGGGUUGAAAAAGCUGCUAUUUUAAUAGUUAAAAGUUAAAGAAAGUUUGGAUUCAUUUCUAAAACAUUGAAACUGUACAUUGCUAAUAGAGUAUUGCUACUGAAGUUAACAGUGGUUGGAUUUGUUCAUGUCCAUUAUUCAAGACGAUAAUAUUCACAAGAAUUGACGCAUGAAUGGUGACACACUGUUUUAAUGGUUAGGAAUGAUAAUGUAUUUCAUUAUAAUACAGAAAUAGUAGAACAGUUCAAAGCAAGACCUAAUUUUCAGCUUGAGAUUUGAUUAAACAUAUAUUGGAUAGUUUUAUUUAUUAAUACAUGUCAUAAUCACUUUCUUGUUCAUAAACUGUGACAGGGUUUGGUAAAGUCUUUGCUGUUCUUGUAGACCUUUGGACAGAUUUUUGUCAGUGUCUAAUAAAAACUUCCAUCUGUUUCAAAACAA